AUGGAGGAACUUUUAAGUGAAACAGACUCAGACAUUAACAAUAAUAGCUUUGAGGAUGAAGUAGAUUUUAUAGAUCAAAUAAAUUAUACAAAUAAAAUAAAUUAUGAAGAUAUAGAACAAGUUACCAAUACUACACAAGUAAAAAAAGCAACCUCUAAAAAACAAAAGCAUAAUGUAAACAAUUCUCAGUCAGAAACAGAAGCAUCUACAUUCACUCUUACUAAAAAACCAAGUAUUAUACAAAAGAACUUACCCAAGAGAAAAAAAGAUGGAUCACAAGUUAGAAGCUGGAUUUGGAAGUAUUUUGAUAGACUUACACCUCCGCCAGAUAAAGCUGCAUGUGGAAAAUGUAUAGUAAAAAAUGGAAAAAAAUGUGGACAUACGAUUUAUACAGAAGGUUCUACAAACAAUAUAAAACAUCAUCUUUUGAGUAUACAUGGUUUAACAGAAUCAUCACGUAACAAUAUUAAAAGAAAAACAACUAUUGAUCAAGCUUUGACUAAAUUUAUUAUUUUAGAUAACCAACCUCUUUCUAUAAUUUCUAGUGAAUCAUUUAUUAAUUUUAUUAAAACACUUGACUCUUAUUACGAACUUCCCUCUAAUAUAAAAUUAAAAGAAUUUAUUUAUCAAGGUCUUUUAAUUACAGAAUAUAAACUUUUAAAAUCUGAUGAAUUUGAAACUGUUAUUCAAAAUAAUUCAGAGGAAAAUGAGGAAAAUGAAUUACUGCAUACAAUGUAUGGUUCUAAUCUACAAAGAGUAAAAACAAAUAAAGUUGAAACUAUUUGGUGCUUAAUCAAAUUCUAA